UCUUCAAAGGCAGUUGAAAUAUCAUAUCCGAAGAUAAUUCUAGGGCACUUCCCGUUUUGUGUGAGGACAGGGAUUUUCUCCACUCACCUAGCUCCAUUUAGCCUCGUCUAACUCUUCAUCAGAGAGCUACACUUUGCAGCGUAAAAUUCCAAAAAGAAAUGGAGCCAUGAAUCAUGAUCCAAUGGAUCGAAAUGGAAGCAUCAUAUCUAUAUAUAAUUAAACCAAAUAAAUUUUAAAAAAAUAUAUGCCCUUCUUUAUGAUGUUGUGGCAUUUGGUGAUUGGUGUACAGCGUAGACUGGAGUAAAUCUUUUGUCUUCCAAGCUUUACCAAAGGGCAUGAAAAUAAUGGUUAAAUAAGGGUGAUGAUCGCCCUUUCCAUGGACUGGACCUGUGCCACUGAACCUUAUAAAUAUACAGGCUAGGGUUAGGGUUAGCCAUCAAACCGCAUAAAGGUAGCUUUUCUUUUCUUAUUUUUUUCCUUCUUGUUUUUCCUUGUAGCUUAAUCAACAAUGAGAGCUGGCUUUUUCCUUUAGCUCUCUUCUGGCGUUGGAUGAGAAAACCAUUGCCAAGAAACAAGAACUAGUCCAGGAUUCCAUCAAAGUACGGAAGAAUUAGGGUUUCCAAGGGAUGAAGAAACGUCAAGUGGUGCUGAAAAGUGGAAGAAGUUCUAGUACUUCAUCUUCAGUGAUUAGAAAUGUGAGAUAUGGGGAGUGCCAGAAGAAUCAUGCGGCGAACAUCGGUGGAUAUGCCGUUGAUGGCUGCAGGGAGUUCAUGGCAAGCGGCGAGGAGGGAACAACUGGGGCUCUAGCCUGCGCUGCUUGCGGUUGCCACAGGAACUUUCACAGAAGGGAAGUAGAAACUGAGGUGGUCUGUGAGUAUACUCCACCUAAUUCUUAAUAGUUGAUAUAGCUAAAGAACACAAAAUUAGGAUAAAAAACGUCAAUAUAUAUAUAUAUAUAUAUAUAUAUCAAUUUAGCUGAUUGUUGCUUGUAGAUUAAUGUUGUACUGGAUUCUUAUGAUCAAAGAAUCGCAAACUUCAAGUACUGUGCUCUUCAAAUUUGGAUGGUUAAGAUGUAAGCCCUGUCAAAAUUCAAAAAUAUUUAUAUAUAUAAUUGUGUUUUUUCCACGAA